AUGUACAAGUCCGAAAUAGAAACAUCUUCGACUGAAUCUGCCACAAAUGCUUCUUCCUCGCAACAUCUUGAAAUAGAAACAAGUUAUAUGUCAAACGACACAUCAAGAUUGGUAAAGAAGAAGAAGACGAGCACAAAGGCAUUAGUGAAGCGUCUACUAGGCGUUGUGGCUGACUUAAGUUCUAAAAUAGACCGUUUAUUACAGAAAAAAGAUGAACCAGACACAAAUGUUGAACCAGACAGAGGGUUUCGAGAGGAGGAAGAGAUGAUAAAUGAAGAGGAGGAAGAAAAAAAUUACCAUGAUACACAUUUUGACUAUGAUGAUAUAGGUACUCAUGGUUUGGAGAGGGAAUUUGGGCCUACACCUACGCAUGUUGAGUCGUCAUCGGACGUGGGUGAACAUCACACAAAAUAA